AUCACACGUUAACCUGCACCAGGUCGAAGAGGAGGAAUAGGAGGAGGAGGCUUCAUCACGGAGCGGAGCGUCACUCACUGCUUCGGAAACAAAAGCCGCGCCCACUCCCGGAGCCGUUAAUAGCAGUUAACACACACACCCCGGACCCGUACUCGCUCAAGCGGUAACCCAGGAAGAGUGCGCGCGCGACGCGAGCAUGAGCGCGAGCCGCAGGGCGCGGUAGAGGAUGGAGCGGAGCGCGCGGGAGCUGCUGGCGCUGGUCGCCCUCUGCUGCUGCGCGGGGCUGUCGGCGCUGAACCAGGUGCUUGGAGAUGAUAGCUACCUGAAUGCAGUUCAAAACACAGUUCCUCUGUCAUGCUCAGAGGGUUUUACUGAGCUGGGCUACUACAACGGCACUGUGUCUCAGACAGACUCGGGCUCUCCCUGUCUGAAGUGGACCGAGUUCCCCGAUUAUGUGCAGCAGUAUCCUGGCCGAGGAUUGGGGGAGCACAGCUACUGCAGAAACCCUGACCGCGAGUCCAACCCCUGGUGCUUCUUUAGACAGAGCUCUGGGGCCAUCGGCUGGGCUUACUGCGACUGCCACCAGGGUGCAGUCAGGCUGGUGGGAAGCUCCUCCUCUAAGAGUGGCCGUCUAGAGGUGUACUUGAAUGGCCAGUGGGGGUCUGUGUGUGACACUCACUGGACUGACCGUGAUGCCAGUGUGGUCUGUAGACAACUUGGUCUCGGUGAAAUCGGCACGGCGCUUCAGCACUCCUACUUCGGCCCCGGCUCCGGCCUCUUCCACUACGCUCGGCUUGGCUGCCGUGGCAACGAAAGAUCCCUUUUGGAGUGCAGGAGCAGGAAGUUUGUUACUAGCGACUGUAACCAUGGCAAUGAGGCCGGCCUGGUGUGCGCCCCACCUGAAGGUACCGGCCCUCCUCUGAGACUGGUAGGUGGAGAAGAGGACUUUGAGGGGAGAGUGGAAGUCUACCAUGAUGGACGCUGGGGAACAAUAUGCGAUGACCAGUGGGAUGACAUGGAUGCUGAGGUGGUCUGCAGGCAGCUUGGACUGGGGGGCAUCCCAAAGGCCUGGUCGUGGGCUCAUUUCGGGCAGGGCAGCGGGCCAAUCCAGCUGGACGCUGUGCAGUGUACAGGGAAUGAGCUCUCUUUGGAUGAGUGCCCUCACAGUGGCUGGGAACAGCAUAACUGUGACCACAUGGAGGACGCUGGAGUGUCUUGCAACCCCUACACAGAUGGAGUUGUGAGGCUGGUGGAUGGAGAUAACCCGUGGGAGGGCCGUCUGGAGGUGUAUCACUCUGGAGACUGGGGCACAGUGUGUGAUGACAACUGGACUGAGCAGCAUGCACAGGUGGUGUGCAGACAGCUUGGAUUCAGGGGGGGUGCGGAGGUGGCUCCUGCUGGCGUGUUUGGCGAGGGAGCAGGGCUGAUCCUGCUGGAUGAUGUGCAGUGUGAGGGGACUGAGACAUCUCUGCUGGAGUGUAAACACAGCAUGUGGGGUCGACAUGACUGUUCCCACAGUGAGGACGUGGGCAUUCGCUGCCACAGAGCUGAGACCAAUGAGGUGCCAGUGGCCUCAGAAACCACAGGUGUUCUGAUACGGCUGGUGGGAGGUGACAGCAGGAAGGAGGGCAGAGUGGAGGUCUUCCUGAAUGGAGAGUGGGGCAGCAUCUGUGAUUCUGGCUGGAAUGAUGUCAGUGCUGCCGUGGUCUGUAGACAACUAGGAUUCAUUGGAGUGUCCAAGGCGCGUCCAAUGGGCUACUUUGGUGUUGGAAAAGGCCUAAUCCACUUGGCCAACGUGAGGUGCACUGGCAAGGAGUCUUUUCUGGGAGAGUGUCCUGCUAAAGGGCCGGACAGCCAUGUCUGUAAGCACGGUCAGGACGCAGGAGUGGUCUGUGACUAUGUGCCAGAACCAGACACAGACAUUGCUAUUGUGGGCACACACACAUGUGGCAUGAGGGGCGGAGCUGAAAGACGCAGCAAACGGAUCGUGGGAGGAUACAAAACUCUUAGGGGGGACUGGCCAUGGCAGGCCUCGUUGUGGCUCAGGUCUCAGUCUAAAGGAUCCCAGCCUCUGUGUGGGGCCACUCUCAUAAAUUCCUGCUGGCUGCUCACUGCUGCACACUGUUUCAAACGGUUUGGCACUGAUGCAACUCGGUAUGUGGUGAAGCUGGGUGACUAUCACACAGAAGAGCAGGAUGAUUUUGAGCGAGUGCUCACUCCAGAGCAUGUGGAGGUGCACAGGAAAUAUAGUAGUGAGAGCUGGGAGCAUGACGUGGCUCUGAUCCGACUGAAAGGAGCUGAAGGGAAGUGUGUGUCCUUCAACCCCCACACCAAUGCAGCCUGCCUGCCUGCUCCUGGCAGCAAGUGGGGCAAGAGACCUGCCUCCUGCGUCAUCACAGGCUGGGGCAUGUCGGACACUGAGCAUCCUGGCAUGCUCCUCCAGGCCUGGGUCCCUCUCCUCCCCUCAUGGCAGUGUAAGAAGCGCUAUGGUGAGCGUUUCAUCAGCCAUAGCAUGUUGUGUGCUGGCAGCAUGACCUCUGACCUCCGUCGCCAUGCCGACAGUUGCCAGGGUGACAGUGGGGGUCCUCUGGUGUGCCAGGGUGAGGCUGGCCGCUGGGUGCUUACGGGGGUUAUCUCCUGGGGUCAUGGAUGCGGCGACCCCUCCUACCCUGGUGUGUAUGCACGAGUUAGCCGCUACCUGCCGUGGAUCGAGCAGGUCACACACAGCACGGCCCCCCUCCAGCACUGAACUGCUCAACAUUGACCAAAGGACUCUAGAGAUGGAGAGAAAAAGAGCCGGAGAGUGGACUGGACACCAUCCAUGCACUCUGCAAUAGCCCUGGAGCUUUCUCUAAUCUAUUUCAUCUGUACUCUUAUACCUGACAUUGGCCCACAGCUUUUAGAGCUUACUAGGUCCAUAGCGUUUAGUCUUUGCUUACACUUUGGAAGGCCAAGGUUGCUCUGAUGAUGAUGUGAUGUGAAGUUUAGAGGGGUUGCAGGAGUUGUUUAUUUUAUGUGGUGAUUAUGUAGUGCUGUGCGGAGGCCGCAGUGCAUGUUAAUGUAUGUAUCGUAUUCAAAAGCCAUUGUGUGCAGCCACCCCAGUUUUUCUGCAUGAUAGAGAAUGGCAGCAUCAUCUUAGUGUGAGCGGGUUUAUUUCUUAAAUGUGGGUGUAUAGAUCCUGUAGUGAGUAUAUGAGGAAAGGAAAAUAUCUCCUUUUUUAACCCUUUGGCUGCUGAUUACUGUUAACCCACUUGACUUCCUGGACAGACACGCUGUCCAGCAUUCAGACUUGAGCAUUUUGCUGAUAAAGGACUUUUCUCAGUGUUGUGACUUGCAUUAGACUUGCAUUAGAGUAGAACGGUCAUGAAAUGUUGAGCUUUCUUUUUAGCUAGAGUUCAGACUUACCUGUAGUGGUCUUUAAAGCCAUUAAUCCACCAUGAAUGCCUCAAAAUAUGUCCGAAUCAGGCAUUCAGACGUCCGCUGAAUUUAAAAUAGGACCCAGUAUACUCUUCGCUCAUGUUUAACACAUUAUACUGCAUUCCUUAAAAAACUGCAAGCUACAAAAGACUCAGUGUACAUUUAUUUUGUUUUACGUAUUUGAUAUUUUAAGCAGUGAUUUUGGAUAGUGUAUUAGAAUCGUAAUAGGGAAUAGCCAUAAUUCAUUUGAUUUAUUUAGUGUACUUGGUUUGGUGUGACAACAUUAAGCCAUUCAAAGUGUCAUUUUUAGAAGAUAGAAACGGUAGGAUAGGUUUUGUUUGUUGAACGGGGAAACCAGAAGGAUUUCCUAGUAUCAGUAUUGCCUUCAAACUGUAUCUCUUGAUGUGUCUAAAGUAAGGAAACUUUGGGGAAAAUGAUUUUAUUUUUACUGAUUUCAGGUAGAGUCACUUUAUUUUGUAACAUGUCUUAAUGCUACUUCUCUUUGUUGUGUGGAUUGUGUGUUAAUCAGCCAGUAAGUGGCAAUAUCGUGUUUUUUACUUGAUGGAUUUCAGCUAUUCUGUAGGUCCUGUGAUGUUUCAGUCUUAUACAGUGUGCCUGUUGUUUUUAAAAUGAGGCUGUUCUCUGUACAUACCAUAUCACCUAAAUUAUGAAAUAUGGUUUUGAGAAAAGCUAACGCAGUGACUUCAAUUUUGCUUUUACAUUAAUUGGGAAAAAUAACAUGCAUUGUAAGGGCUUUAUAAAAUGUGAUGAUUUACUAAUUAAUAAUUGGUUGCAUAAAGACUGUAAAUAAGAAAUUGAAAUGCAGCUAGUCUUACUUUGCAUCACCCACACUCCACAAGCUUCCCUUAUGAGGGAUAAUGAUCAGUGAACUUGGCAAGAGUCACUAUAAAUAUUUCCAUCAAAGCAUGUGCCAGAGAGCAAACAGUAUUCCUUACAAAUGAUUACAAGUGAAUCCACUGCUCUGUUAAACUUUUCCUUUUUCAAGGAUGAGGUUUAUUCUUGGGCACAUCAGAAACAUAGUGUGCUAGAUAUAGAUAUACUCAAAAAAAAUAGUCAUAUAUUAAUUAAAGACAGAUGCAGCUUUGAAAUUGUGCUGGAAAUAAGUCAAAUCAGUAUUUGAGUUUUAUUGGUGCAUUAACAUUAAAAAAACAUUCAUUCAGUCAACUUUAGUAUAAUUAAAUGGACUGUCAUACAAAUGAUUUUAAUGAGCACUAACACUAUGCACAAUUAAUAACAAAAAACUGUAACCCUUGUGUGGGUCUGUGUACAGCUGCAGCUUCUGUGAUUGCCCAUACAUUCCACAGUGGAAACUAAUUUAGGAUCAGCUGUCAAUGCGCUCUGUUCUCAGAGUAUGAGAACUGGUCAAAUAGUAGUGUAUCUGGAGUGUUUUCUGCUCUCUGUUAAUUGACUUGACAUGUUCAGUCAUCUUGGAUGAUGCCUGCUCUGGUCUUAAGAAGCCAUGUCUUUGGGAUCUGGCUCUCAGGAGACUGCUGACCACUGUUGGACACUGGGGGAAUUAAUAAUGUCAGUUGCAUGUCAUGCAAACAUCUAUUUGUUUGUGUUUCCAGUUGUUCAGUCUUAUGUCACAUUUCUGCCAGCUCUGUAAAAAUGCUUUGAAUAUUUUCAUGUGUGACAAGUGCCAAAAUAAACUCUUCUUGUGGCA